AUGUCUCUCACCGCUAAUACUGCCACCGCCCAUGCGGCCGUGGAGCCGCAUACGAGUUGGAUCAAUAUCCUCACGAUCCUCGCAGCAGGAACUGCAAGUUUCAUCUUUGGCUAUUCCAAUAAUGUCAUUGCCGGGACCCUCGCCCAAGCCUCUUUCUUGGAAAAAUUCUUGACUGUGGAAACAACGCCUCGUAUAGGUGGGAUGCUUGGAGCAUUUUUCGGUGGAGCUUGGAUCGGCUGCGUCAUCCAGAGCCCGGUUUCUUCACGUUUCGGCAGGCGCCCGUGUAAUAUGGCAGCGGCUGUUAUUGUGACAAUCGCUGCAGCUCUUCAAGCAGGCAGUGUGGACCUUGGGAUGUUCCUAGUGGCCCGCGUGCUCAAUGGCAUCGGCGCUGGCAUGAUCAUCGCCAAUACGCCAGUCUAUAUGUCUGAGAUUGCACCAGCUCAUACGCGAGGUAUCUUGGUCAGCUGCCAGGGUGUUGCCGUCACCUUCGCCUAUAUUGUGUCUUCUCUCAUUGCAUUCGGGUUUCACUUUGUGAAUCACCCGUUUCAAUGGCGAUUGCAAUUCAUUGUAUUGACAUCUUUGUCUCUGUUGCUGGUUGUGGCAAUGUAUUUCAUUCCUGAAAGCCCCAGAUGGCUCAUGGACCAUGGAAGGCCUGAUGAGGCCUGGAGAGUACUACAGAGGUUGCACAGCUCCAAGAAAGACCCUGAUGCACGUCUUGCACGAGCGGAAUAUGUUCAAAUCAAGGCACAGAUCGAAGAAGAAAAGUCUCUACCAUCUGGGUACUGGUACAUUUUGACAAAUCCCCAUAUGAGAAAGAGAGCGAUCUGUGGAUCACUGGUCUGGAUCAUGGGGCAGUCAACAGGUAUUGUGGUCAUCGCCAACUUUGCGCCCCAAUUAUUUGCAGGUCUCGGUUUCGACAAUGAGCUUCAACUCGGACUUGCUGUCGUGUGGGUCACAGUAUGCGCGAUUGGAACCUGGCUCAGUGGUCUUCUCAUCGAACGUCUUGGCCGAGUCAAGCAGCUUGCCCUCGGCGGUUAUCUGUGCACUGCUUGUCUUAUUAUUGAAGCAGUCCUCCAAAAGUACUACAUCGGAUCUUCAAACUCAACAGGCCUCAAUUCUGCUACCGCCAUGUACUUCAUCUUCGUAUUCCUUUUUGGUCUGCUGAUCGAAUGCCCCGGCUACACCUACAUUGUGGAAAUCUGGCCGACUCAUCUUCGAAGCGAGGGUGCCACAAUUGGUUUCGUCUCCUUCUUUACUAUGACUAUCAUAUACAACAGCCCAGCAGCAGAGGCAUUUGCAACGAUUGGCUGGCGGUAUUACUUCGUGAUGAUCUCCGUCUGCCUUGUGUCAACUACGGCUCUUCUGGUCUACUGCCCUGAGACUGCGGGUCUGACCCUGGAAGAGGUUGCCGCCAAGUUUGGCGACCAUGUGGCUGUCGACAUGUCUACGAUCGAUAUCGACCACAUUGAGAUUGAGAAGACUGCCGAUGCACAUGUGGAGCGUAUUGGUGCAUGAGGUUUUGGGGACGUGAGUAUGUAGAGAAGAAUGUUUUCCGCACAGUGCCAAGGCAGGGUGUUGGAAGUUUAACCUGCAAGUCUGGCAUCCAAUAUGCUGUUGUCGAAGUGUAUGGUCUAUCAGAAUCUCUUGUGUGGGAAUUGGAGCUCGGAGAAGAUGUAUGAAGUGGCAGCCAUACUGUAGAUGAUCUUUCCAUCCAAAAUUGAUGAUGUGGAUUUACGGUUCGUCUCCCACGCCUGAUGAAGUCUUUGUGCGCUUCUGGUAUAAACGUCCCAGGCUUUGCUCCGC